AUGGGGCAGCGUGGAGAAGCUAUGCUUUAUGGAAAAGCCAGGUCUAGUACCUUCUUGCGGUGGAAGCGGUUUGGCCCCAACGACCUUUCACCCCUCUGCGCAUACAGCGCCUAUCACGCGGGACCAGGGGCGACGCAUCACCCACCCCUGUUUGCCUCAUUGGUUGAUUCGUUUCAUGAUUCGUCCAAGAAAAAAGCGCCCCACACCUCCGCACUGAUUCGCCGAAUUCGGGGCAAGCAAGCCUGCGAGAUUCCAGAAGAGGGGAACGGCCGACGGCAGCCUCCAGCUCGCAGUUGCCCACAGGCGGGGCCACAACCCAGCGAUAAACAACAUACAACGGUAACGAAACUAACAAUAGAAGGCGGCAACGGAAAACAAAACCUCUAA